AUGCAAGAACGAGUCCUCACGAUGGAGCGCGUCUUCACGAAAGAAGACAGCGCCAUCUCGCCCGCCACCGGCAAGUCAAUCAGCCAACACGAAGCCGCAGGACUAAAAAGCCUGACUAAGGAGCAACAUCUGAGGUUCUGGGAGGAAGUCAUAUACUGGAACAAAGAGCGAUUCACCGAGGCGAAAUGGCGGCAGGCGAAGAAGAACAUUUUGCGGGCUAAGAAGGAACAUUGCAUGAAGGUGCUUGGGUGGUAUCCUCCUCCUCCGCCUGUACACUCGAUCGUCACGCCAGGUGGACGGCAACUUCUUCUUUACAGCUCGUCUUCAUGGACUGCGCCUACGGGUGCACACCCCCUUCGCCCAGCACAUCUUCCGCGCUUCGAGACUGCGAGCCCGACUACACCGCGGCCGCGAUGGGAGAUCUUGUCUUCGGGUCCUGGGACGCCGAGGUCGGCUACUGCUGGGCCUGUCAAGAACUCUUUCGCAGAAGGCGGGUUUUGGGAGUCACUGAUUUCACCGAAGACGCCUGUUACGGCUAUACCGAUUCCAACGACACCUGUUACCGCCGUCCCGCCUUCGCCAUGGCUUCCUAAUAUUCCCUCCAUAGACGCCGAAGCCAAAGCCACCUACGAAGACCUCAAAGCCUCCGUCUCAAAAAUGGCCCUCAAGGUCUGCGCAAGCCGCCACACACUCCGCCGGUCCUUCAAUAGCGACAACGAUGUCAUACACCCUUCCAUGGUGCGUCCAAAAGACACCCUGCUCGCCGCUCAACUCACUCUCGGCUCCUUGAAAUUGCAUCAACCUCUGUCGACAUACAUCGACGCCUCGCUUCCCCAAAAGCUCGACUGCCAUGCCGACGACGAAGCAGCUGGCGCAAAACAAUACAAGAUCUACCACCGGGAGCAGCUCGAUGAUGUGGAUAGCUGGUUGCAAUUUGAUGCGCAGACGGGGGAGUUGACGACUAUACUGGAAGCUCAGCGCGAUUUACUCAAGAUGAACAAGGAUAGGCGGAAGAGUAGAGAGGUUGCGGUUGGGGAGAAGGGUAUCAAGCUCGCGUGGGCUGUAAAGGUUGUGGAUGAUUGUCAGUACUUCGCCGACAUUGCCGCGGAUGGGGAAAGUGAAGGUAGCGACGAGGGGUAUGAGUACGGUAACUUCGUUCGAAGCCUGGGAGAUGGCGAUGGCAGUUCCUUGCGGUCGAAUAGCUCUACGCUCGACCUCACCUUGACACUAACCAACAGCUCCAACGCCCGCAGCAGUGGCACAGAAGACAGUCUCAACCUGACUCAACGCUCAUCCAGCAGCCCCAUCAAACCAACCCACGACCCCAGCUCCGACACCUUACCACUCCGCUCACGCAACUACACCCUCUCCAACCUCUCCAACGCCACCAACCCAAACAUCUACACACCACCCCCCUCCCACGCCCACAGCAUCCGCCGCAGCAACGCCACAGCCACCCCUUCCUCUUCCGCAUCUCGCCGUAACCGACAGGGUAGUCUCUGGAUCAAUACCAGUCUAGCCAAUCCUUCGAUCAGCGCGGCUAGUACGAUGAGCCCGCAGGAACGUGGGACUAGGCACAAAGGACCCAGUAUCGAGGAUUUGAGCGGGUGGGCUGAGGAGUUGAAGAAGAUGGAGAGGAAGAGAAUGGAGAUGAGGGGGGAUGGGCGGUUGGGCAGGCCGGCGGGGGCUGGGAAGCCGAGGCAGUUGAGGUGGUUUUCUAAUACUGAAGGGGGUGAUAGUGACGAUGAGGACAGGGCAGAGAAGAAGACGACGGAUAAGAAGGAGGAAGCGAAGGAUGCGGAGGGCGACGGCUUGACGAUUAACGGGGCCGUUCACCCUGCGCUGAGGAAAGGUGGUCACGGCACCGAUAAUGGCAUUACGAAUUGGCGUGACAAUGUCGACGUGUCACGAAGAGAAGAGAGGAAUAGAGGCGCAAGCGGCGGCAGCACCAGCACAGCUAGUUGGCGCUGCGAAACUGCUUCUAUCGUUGAGCGGGAAAGCCGUCCUUCUAGCAUGGCCAUGGAUGAUGAGGUCUACGAGAUCGAAGACGAGAACCAGAUAUCCGAUAACGACUACGACCACAACCACGACAACCCGUUUGACGACGCCAACAACCCCUCAUAUCUCGACGCCUCCGACUCCGACACCAAUGACUCUCCCACAAUAACACCAACACCGACUACGCCAAUCCAUCCCCAGCGCACCUCCUCCUUAUCACCGACACACGCACCGAUCAAGAUGUCCGCAUUAUCAACGCUACGUCUCGAACCGCCCCGUCGACCACCGCCACCUUUUCGACCACCACCGCCACCGACGCCGUACUGUAAUAUGAGGCCGCCGGCGCCGCGGCCGACGGCUGGUGAGGGGGUGGUCAUGUCUAUGCCGCGGUAUAACAGACAAGCUACUACGUCUUAUGAACGGCAGUUGGGUCAGAUUUCUGCUGUACCGACAUCGUCAUCGUUUAUCGAGGUGGUUAAACGGCAGGGGCAGGGGCAGGCUGUUGCGCGUGCAGACGGAGAGGAGCAGACUGAAAAACAGGGGAGUGCAAGUGUGAGCGUGAGUAAAGCAACUUUACUCCAAGAAGCCGUUCAGUCACGGGGAGGCGGAGGAGGACAACAUACGCGUAUGUGGAGUAAAAGCAGUGGGAACGCCAAGGACGGUACGAAGAGUAAAGAAGAAGAGGAGUGGGACGAAGAAUUGAAAAGGAUGGAAGGGAGGGAGAGGGCGAGGCAAAUUGGUAGUUCGUAG